AUGCCGUUCAACGAGCAGGAGUUGCUCUCGCUGUCACGGCAGCCGGCCGAGAAAGCGGCCGAGGUCCUCAUGCGGGCCCCCAAGAAGGAGCGCCUCGUGAAGCUGGUUGUCAAUUUCCUUUUUUAUUUCCGAACGGACGAAGCAGAGCCCAUUGGUGCUUUGCUGUUGGAACAUUGCAGAAUCCACCAAGAAGAAAACAAUGUUAUUUCCAUUGGCUUCCUCGAAGAGCCCGACAGGAAGUACUACUUUGAGUGCGACACGGCCGAGCAGUGCCAAGAGUGGGUCGAAGUGCUGAAGAGAGCCAGCUACGAGUUCAUGCGAACCAGCUUGAUCUUCUAUCGGAAUGAGAUCCAGAGGAUGACGGGGAAGGAUCCUUUGGAACAGUACGGCAUCUCCGAAGAAGCUCGUUUCCAGCUGGGCACAGGGAAGCUGUGAGCCUGAACGGUCGGCUGAUGUUUAGCCCCCUCCCCCUGCUGGCUAAGAGGACUGAAUGACCGAACCUCCUCAGCGGGAAAGGGGUGGCUGUAUGCAGAAUUCUAUCCCAGAGAUAUUCUCCUGAUGGUUUUUGCCUCCAAGAAGGGGGAAAUUUUUGUAGGGUUUAAAAAAAAAAAAGAAUACGGAAAUCUUGGCUCCAUACGCCCCCACCAAUCUAAGUGGUCACUAAUGCUGUUGCUGACUUGGAGUCUUGCUUCCAGUCCUUGGUUGG